AUGGAAGAGGAAGCAAAGGGAGGUGUUAAGAAUGUUUUGCUAGCAAAAUUCAAAGAAGGAACCUCAGAUAGCCAGAUUGACCAAUUGAUCCAAGGCUAUGCCAACCUAGUCAAUCUCAUUGACCCCAUGAAGUCCUUCCACUGGGGACAUGAAUUGAGCAUUGAGAAGCAGCUGGAAGGGUACACUCAUGUGUUUGAAACAACCUUUGAGAGUGUGGAGGGUGUUGCAGAGUACAUAGCUCACCCUGCCCAUCUUGAUUUUGCAAACUUGUUCCUUCCCAAUUUAGAGCAAUUAUCUUUCAGCUCAACUGCAGACCAGCAAGUCAUCACCAAGAAAAACCCUAGUGAAAUACAGGUUAUGAUGAUGGAGCUGCUACCAGAUCCAAAAGAUCAAUCAUAA